CAAGAAAAAUAGUCUAUGACAACAUCAUAUUUACAACAUGCUAUAAAUGCUCGUUGUCAUCUCUAAUCUUCUACAACAUGCGCAGAAAGAGUGUUGUAUUAAAUUAUUUACCACUACAUGCGUCAUUUGCAUGUUGUUAAUUUCGUUAUCGAUAACUCAGUUUGCACGUUGUUGUCUGCUUGUUGUCAAUUAAUAUAUCAACAAGCAGGAGUGCAUGUUGUUAAAUAUUUUUAAAACAACAACGUGCAGCGAACGCGGUCGAAACUUUGAGAUAAAAGAUUUAAAAAAAAAUAAUAAUAACAAAAGGGCCUGUUGACUAAAGUCAGUAAAAAAAAAGAAGCAUCAGCUCUCUAAAUCCAUCAUAGACCCAAAACAUAUAAAAUCCUGGGCUUGAAGAAUUGAGCUCUGAAGCUCUCAAUUCUCAAACCCUAAACCGCCCGAAACGAUCGCUUCCCUCCGUCGUCACUCUCAAUUGGAUCGACGACUUCACUAUGGAGCAAGACUGCUUGUCCGGCGUCGCCGCCGUCGAGCACGUCCUGCUUAGCCUCGGCUCCGUCGACCGCGUCACUGACUCCGCCGACCUCGGUUGUCAAUCUCUGACGCAUUUCGACGGCCAAAUUUCCGGCGUUACGGCUACGAAGUUUGAGGUACAGUUUCUGUCAAGAUGGAGAAACAAUGGCUGCAAUUUGAUAGAGAAAAGGAACAGACAAAGAAGAGGAAAAGAGGUGAUGAAGAACAGAAAAAGAAGGGGAAAAAGAAGAGGAGGAAGUGGACCAAUCAAUGCUCCAAGCAAUGAUCUUGAAAAUAGCAGAUGUGCACUUUUGAAUUGGAACAAUUAUGAAGAAGAUGAAGUGGUAGCUGAAGGAAAGAUCUCUUCAACAAAUCCAAGUACAAAAGUUCAUUGUGUGCCUCUUGGACGAAAUUGUUGGAAGGUUUGGGUUGAUGUGGUGUUUGAUGAGUAUCAGACUAUGGAAGUGUACAGAGCAACCAUGGAUGCCAAACAACUUGGUGAAGCUGUAGGAAGCACUCUUGCAUGGCCCAAAAGCUCCAUUGAAAUGCUUCCUUAGUAGUUGAAGUAGCAGGUACAUUUUACUUUACUAGAGAAUUUAUGUAGGUCAGGAAGUACCAUGCAUGUUUUGUCAAUGCUGGUGAACAAAGAAUCCAGUACUUUGUCAUGCAUGUUUUGUAAAGAACAUAUGUAUAAGAGAAUGUGGCACUCCUAAUGAAAUGUAUAUUUUUCAUACAUGGUUAGUGUACGUGUACUAAUAUUGGCAUGUGAAUGUGUUUAAGUAAUGGUGAAUGUUUAUAGAGGUACAGGAAAGCAUAGUCCAACAAAUUGGGUGCAAUAAUAUAUGCUGAAACGUUGUAACAACGUAUGUAAUAUGACAACAUACCAUGUAUGCUGUCAAAAACUAAAGACAACAUGCUGAGAGUGUUGUUAAAACUUACAACAUGCACUUGAAACGUUGUUGAAAAUUUAUGACAACGUGCAGAGCUCAUUGUUGAAUAAUUACAACAACGUGCUUCACCUCUUUUUGACAACGUGCAAAGCGCGAUGUUAAGGACUCGAGGACUUUUAAUGACUCUGGCAUCUACAACAUGCGCCAAACGUUGUCAAAAGUGAUUGACAACGCGAAUUGCAUGUUGUUAAACAUGUUUUUUCUU